AUGGCGGAAGGCUCCCAGGUCCCUUACACUGUGGACACUGAACCAGUCUUGAUGGCCUCCUUCCAGGUGUUCACGUUUGGGCACGUGAGCGUGGCACACCUCCUUUUGGAUCACGGGGCUGAUGUCAAUGCCCAGAACCGGCUGGGGGCCAGCGUGCUCACGGUGGCCUCUCGGGGCGGCCACCUGGGCGUGGUGAAGUUGCUCCUGGAAGCCGGUGCCUUCGUGGACCAUCACAACCCCUCAAGCGAGCAGCCAGGGGCUGGGGACAGCAGGGACGAGCGGCUGGACAUCACGGCCCUGAUGGCUGCCAUCCAGCACGGGCAUGAGGCCGUGGUGCGUCUGCUGAUGGAGUGGGGCGCAGACCCCAGCCACGCGGCCCGGACCGUGGGCUGGAGCCCGCUGAUGUUGGCAGCGCUCACUGGGAGGCUCGGCAUGGCCCAGCAGCUGGUGGAGAAGGGGGCCAACCCCGACCACCUCAGCGUGCUGGAGAAGACUGCCUUCGAGGUCGCACUGGACCGCAAGCACAGGGACCUUGCAGAUUACCUGGACCCACUGACCACUGUCAGGCCCAAGACAGAUGAGGAGAAAAGGCGACCUGAUAUUUUCCAUGCAUUGAAAAUGGGAAACUUCCAGCUGGUCAAAGAGAUUGCCGACGAAGACCCCACACACGUGAACCUGGUCAACGGGGACGGGGCAACACCCCUGAUGCUGGCCGCCGUCAUGGGACAGCUGCCUCUGGUGCAGCUGCUGGUGGAGAGGCGUGCCGAUGUCGACAAGCAGGACAGCGCGCACGGCUGGACGGCCCUCAUGCAGGCCACCUACCACGGGAAUAAGGAAAUUGUCAAAUACCUGCUAAACCAGGGAGCUGAUGUCACUCUUCGUGCAAAAAACGGGUACACGGCCUUUGACCUAGUGAUGCUGCUGAGUGAUCCUGACACGGAACUUGUUCGACUGCUGGCGUCUGUCUGCAUGCAGGUGAAUAAAGACAAAGGCCGGCCGGGCCACCCACCACCCCCGCCCCACUCGAGGGUGCGGCAGCCCUGGACUGUCCCUGUGCUACCCGAUGACAAAGGCGGGCUCAAGUCCUGGUGGAACCGGAUGUCCAAUCGAUUCCGGAAGCUCAAACUCAUGCAGACCCUGCCUCGUGGGCUGUCCAGCAACCAGCCGUUGCCCUUCUGUGACGAGCCGGAGCCAGCGCUGGACUCCACAAUGAGGGCGGCCCCCCAGGACAAGACAAGCCGCUCUGGGCUCCCCGAUGUGGCCCCCACAAUGAAAGACAAUGGUCCCGGGAGCACGAGAGGAGAGAAGGAGGAUGUGCUGCUGACAACCAUGCUUCGAAACGGAGCGCCCUUCACCAGACCGCCGAGCGACAAGCUGAAGGCUGUCAUCCCCCCUUUCUUACCCCCUUCCAGUUUUGAGCUGUGGAGCUCCGACCGGUCCCGGACGUGUCACACCGGGAAAGCAGACCCCAUGAAGACCGUGCUGCCCCAGAGAGCCAGCAGGGGCCACGCAGUGGGCGUGGGCGGCGGGAGCACAGACAGUGCUCCCGUCAGAGCAGUUAAAUUUCCAUCUCUCUCCAGAAGCCCCGCCUCUCCCACCAACUCUGGAAACUUCAACCACUCGCCUCAUUCCUCAGGCGGCUCCAGUGGGGUCGGGGGCGUGAGCAGGCAUGGCGGGGAGCUGCACAGCCGCUCCGGUGGCAGCGUAGACAGUGUCCUGUCCCAAAUCGCUGCCCAGAGGAAGAAGGCAGCUGGACUGUCGGAGCAGAAGGCCAGCCAUCGGUCAAGUCCCGUGGGGCCGGCGCUGGGCCCCAACCCGCCCGAGCUCCCGCUCUCCCCUGCAGGCAGUAGCCCCGGGGGCAAGAAACUGGAGACGAGCAAAAGGCCUCCGUCUGGAACUUCAACUACCUCCAAAAGCACCUCGCCCACCCUCACGCCCUCCCCGUCACCCAAAGGGCACGCGGCCGAGUCCUCGGUGUCCUCCUCCUCGUCCCACCGGCAGUCCAAGAGCAGCGGGGGCUCCAGCAGCGGCACCAUCACAGACGAGGAUGAACUGACUGGAAUCCUUAAGAAAUUAUCACUUGAGAAAUACCAGCCCAUUUUUGAGGAGCAAGAGGUGGACAUGGAGGCGUUCCUGACGCUCACCGAUGGCGACCUGAAGGAGCUGGGUAUUAAGACAGAUGGAUCCAGGCAGCAGAUUCUGGCAGCCAUUUCUGAACUGAAUGCGGGCAAGGGACGCGAGAGACAGAUUUUGCAGGAAACUAUCCACAACUUCCAUUCUUCCUUUGAGAGCAGCGCCAGCAACACCAGGGCCCCUGGAAACAAUCCCUGUGCUUGAUCCUCCUUCCUGUGGUCUCUGGACCCCAGUGCUGCCGUGCACAACCCGUGCUCCAGCCACCGCCAGCUCUCCCAGGUGCCUGAGACACACCUUGCUCUGUCACACCACCGUGCCUUGUCACGUUGUUCCCUCUGCCUGGGACGCCCGGCCCUCCCUCCCCUGCUGGAGUCGGUGGUGCUUGUUGCUGUGACAAACUCCAACAAGCAAGACAGUCUCACCUGAGGCCCAGUCAGGCUGCUCCCGCUUGGUGGGUGGUUUCAACAGGGAUCCGGGGACCCAGCUCCUUUCAUCUUGUGGCCCUGCCGUCCCGGAGGCCUCAGGCUUUGCUUCUGGCUGGCAGGAGGGGAAAGGGAUGGCGGAGAAGGCCCAGCCACUCCUUAACUGCCUGCUCUUAACUGCUCACAUUUCAUUUUCUCCGCGUGCACACAGUCCAUUGGCCACUGGUAGUCACAUGGCCUCACCUGGAUGCAAAGGAGUCUGGGAAGUGUAGUCUCUGUUCAGGUAGGCUUCCCAGCAGCCACUCUAAACUUCCAUGGGGUAGCACAUAUUUCGGUGGAAGACUGGCCUUCCCUGUCACAUCUUCCCUUCAAACUGCUACCUUGUCCGUCACGGUGCAAGUCACCUGUCAGAUGAAGCCUUUCUGGACUCGCUACACAGAGCUGACCCUUCCAGCCGCCGGAGGCCCUCACUGCUCUGUGUAUCACUCUGCUCUAACAUGUCACUGCCCCUGCCGUGCACAACAUACGGCAGGUGUCAGGAUGUGUAUGUCAAGUGCGUUUUUCUUUAUUGCAAAGGCAGCCUUUUAUAUAGGAAAAAAGAUGAGGCCCACUGUGUGAUCUUUCUGGCCGUCAGUUUCGUCAUCUGCCAGAUGGGGGUUCAGGCUGGAUGAUGCUCUGAUAACCCCACGCUGCCGCCCCCAUAUCACUGUAGGGCUUUCUGCUCUUUAAGGGAGAGCAGAAGACCUAAUCUAUUACGUUGUGGAAGGACUUCAGUGCUCACAUUUUCAAGGCAAAGAAGCAGAGGAUUUGGAGUUUCUCCUAGGCCCCGUUAAUGCUGUGUUCCUCAGAAGGGAAUCGGCCUGUGUAGUUUUCUACUGUGUCAUAUUAUAUUGGAUGAGCUCUGACUUUUAAAAUCCAGAGGCUUUCUGCAAUGUUUUCAAGCAAGCGGUUCAUCCGGCCCACAUUUGCUGCAUUUCCGCCGUGUGCUGGGGUUCAGAGACGAGCCAGAGCUGGUUCCCGCCCUUGAGACGUCUGCAGGCAAGAGAAGCCUGAGUGGACAGCCAGCCUCGAGGGGCAGGUGUGCAGUGGAAAGAGCGUGCGCUCUGGACUCAGCUCAGAGUUCACACCCAGCCCCGGCCUCCAGCUGUGAGGCGGGGCAGCCGCGUUGCCCAGAGCCCCGUCGUGGUCUCCCUCCACCUGUCCAUCCAAGGGGUGCUAUUCUCUCUUCAUCCCCGCCGUCCCACCUGUAGAAGGUCUCUCCUCAUGACUGGAGAGCAGAGGUUUUAUUUUAGCCGUCACUGAUAGACGUCUUGAUAAGCGUUCCUCGUGUCCUGGGCUUCUCUCGGGAGGGUCGUUGGGCACCUGCUGUGUGCGGCAGCUUGACCUCAGUGUCAGCCGUCCUGCCCCCCACCCUGGAGGCUGGCACAGCUUAGCCUCACCCUGCGGGUCGGGGGACGGACGUGGAGGAGUGAAGCCGUGUGCCAGUUGCACAGCCCGAGAGGAGCGGAGCUGGCCCAGGACGCAUCUGGGGCCUCCAGAGCCCGUCCCUUUUCCUCUGACUCCCGUGGGCUCCUGGAGCCCGGAGCCCCAGGCAUUCUCGCUGUUUUAACGUACCCAUGUCUCCAGGGUUAUUGAUCGGCCUAGAGUUGUUUGCCCUGAAAUACACAGCCCCCGAGUUCUGUGCUUGAGGUUUUGUGCCUGCUGUGGGCUGUCGUCCUGUUCUUUUCAUAAACCCUGUGUUCAUCCACUCGGGUAGGUCUGAGGGAGCACCCACGAUCCACAGGGGCUGUGCUGGGGCUCAGCUCCCCGUAAACGCAGGCCCCCCUGCCAUCUGGUCUGAGGCCGCAGUGGAGCAGGGCUCCUUGGUCCAUCUUGCAGAUGGGAAAGCAGGCUCAGGACGGUGCCUCUCGUCUUUUCACUGGACUCAGAUCGUUCUAGGCUUUUUCUCCCGGGCAGUUCAUGUGCUGGCUGGCGAUAGCCCUGGCUCCCUUUCUGGGCCAUGAUCACCCCAUUCCUGGUGACCCUUCUCACCCCACGUGUGGCUGCAGCCUGCCACCAGGAGGCAGUUCCCCUCCACAGUGUGUCCCGUGCCCAGUGACCUUCACCAGUGUUUCCCAAGGUGUGUUCUUUGGAACCCCACUUCCGCAGGAUGUUAGUAGGUUUUCAAAUGGAAAAAUAAAGGGGGGGUGUGUGUGAAAGUGGGGUGAGGCUCUGUGGUCUAACGGGUUUGGCAGACACUGGGUUAAGGCCAGGUACGUGACUGUCUGCAGCAGGACAUCUCAGAGCCUUUAGUGUGCCAGUGUGCGGCCACUUCAGAGGGGCUGUGUGGCUGGAGCCUUCCCACACGUCUCAUCGUAGAACGCUGCUGCACGGCACUCUCGCCAGACGGGGCAUCCCGGGACACUGUCAGGAGAACCCUGCUUUGACUGGGACAGCGGCAGCCAUGAGGCCUCAUGGCCCCUGGGAGUGGGGUGAGGGGCGCCCAAGGGCUUCAGCUGGGGCAGGGGUCUCCCCAGUGGCUCUCUGCAGAGGUGGCCUGCUGGAUGGUGGGACAUGGAGGUAAGGGGGUCCCUCAGAGGUCUCUCCAUCCUGGGGUCUCCUGCAGGGUCGUGGGCGUUGCCUGCCUGGCGUGUGCUGGUGUUGGACCCGGCCCGCACGGCCAGGGGAGGCUCCUGCCUCAGGGCUCCAGCGCCAGGCCGGCCUGUUUACAGGGAGAGUGUUUGCUUUUCCUUCUUCCGUUUCUCUGAGCGGUGGCUGAGCGUCUGCCCUGUGCCUGCCCCGCCUGGGCCGUGGGUCGAGAGGAAGAAGCGCCAUGUCAGCCUCAGGGAACCCACAGCAUCUCAGAGGAGACAAGCAUGUGGAUAAACACACUGGCGCUGUGGGGAGGCUUGUAGUGAGGGCGUGCUGGGGGCAUGGCUCCGAGGACGUCGCCCACGUCGGCUCUGGUUCGGCCUGGACAGGCCCGUAGGAGAGACCAGAGCUUGAACCGGGUCUGAAAGGGGGUUGGCACAGCUCGCAGGGGUGAUGAGAAAGGGCACCCCAGGUGGGGCAGCCUGGGUGAAGGCAGGGGACAUGUAACAUUUGUCAACUGAAUAUCACCAGCGGGGGUCAGACACCUGCUUUUUCAAUUUUUAUUCCUUGCCUUUGAAUGUGUGGAAAGAGUCUGCUCCCUGGAAAGAGCACUGAGUCUGGAGUCAGCCCCAGCGCUGGUCUUUGGCUCAGCCACUUCUUAACGGGCAAUGGGGGCCCAUUUCUUCCUCUCCUUGAGCCUCAGUUUCCUUUUUGGUUGCAAGGGAAUAGCACUAACCAAGGAGCUGAGGAUCAGUGGAGGUAAGAAAUCCCCUUUCACACGGUGUGGAGCUGGGGAGAUGUGAGGAACCUCCAGUUGCCCGUUUGAAAUCCUCUCUCUGUCAUUGUCCCCUGGGCUCCCCAUCUGCUCCCGCCUCCCACUUGCCCCAGUGUAGCUGCGGCUAGGGGAGCCAGGCCAGAACAGCCUCCAGCCAGAGGGAGCAGCAGCUUCGACGGCCCUGUUGGCGUGGGAGCCCUGAGGAAGCAAGGGUGGGUGGGGAUCCCCACCCUCCAGCUGCGUCUGGCCUCUGGGUGCUUGUCACUGGGACGGGAUCCCAGCAAGGUGGGCAGAGAGAAGAGAAAGGCCUUGCAGCCGAACCACAGGAGCUGAUCCAGGAGGCAGGAACCCCUCCAGUCUGCUCUUGCCUUGAAGCUGCCCGAAGACACUGCCUGCGGGACCAGCCUGGGCCAGACGCUGGACAUCUCUGCUGACCUCUGCCACCAAGUCAGCGCCUCGUAGAGGCCUGGGAGCCUUCCUGGGAAGAUCUGCAGCCCAGACUGAAGGUGUGCAGCCCUCUCCACGCCCUCUGUCCGUGUCGUUCCCAGCGAGAUAACCACGUCUUAUUAGCCAGUCCCUGUUCAGCGUGGAGGGAGACCCGGCGCUUUGCCUGAUAGAGUCGGUACCAAAUUCUUCUGCAGGGUCGGCCAGGCAUGUGAAUCUCCUCCCUCAGGGAGAUGCACAGAGUCACCUCCCCUGGGGGAGUGCUCCCUGGGUAUUUCUGGGGGACUUGCCAGGCUGCCCGCUGGCCUGAGGGGCCCCUGCUCCUCCAUAACAUGCAGCCUAGGAGGGGGUCGGACCUGGCCUGAAAGUCCCGCCCCUUGGCUGAGAAACCAGUCCCUGUAGACAGACAGUGAUUCGCCACAGCUGGGGGACGACAGCGGGAAAUCAGCAGCAUCGCCGGUGGUGGGAGAGAGCAGAAAGCCCGUUCGCUUGUCUUCAGUCUCCCUCCUGAGGCAGAGACCACAUCCUCCUGCCACCCAGGGUGCCCUCUCCAGGGCCCCGCCCCAGGGGUGAGCCAGCACCUGUCCGUGUCAGGUCCGCCCAGGUCUCCAGCUUCUAUCGGAGCCGCCUCACUAGGGCUCACAGACCCGGGCACGGCCAUUGUCCUCUUUAGGGAGACCUUGUCCACCCUCCAGGCUGCUGGGGCAGAGUGCCGCCGUGCCCCCAUCCUUUGCAGGGGCCCUCUAUCCUUCGGUGGGAGACCAGGUGCCACCGUUGCAGCCCUGCAAGAGCGGAUUUCCCUGUUCCUCACCGUCAGAUUCUUCUUUUUAUUAUUAUUUGAUGGUUAUUUCCAAGCAGGCACUUGAUUCUUUGGAGGAUUUUUGUUUGCCAAACAUAUAUUAAAUAAUGGUGAAUUUUC